CAGGAAGAGAGAGAGAGAGAAAGCGGAAAACUUCAUCUGAUCUGAUCUCCUCAUGGCUGCUCUAAAGCUGAAGCCUUUAACAUGAAGCACAAGGACUUCCCAUCUCUCAUCGGACGCGUUAAUGACAGCUCUGUGGAUUGACAUCGGAGAUUCAUAACUUUAGAGAGUUUUUAAUAUUGGUAAUCGCGACAAACUUGCGCGCAAAACACGCGUUGUUUUUGGGGUUUUUUUGCGCGGAAUUUUCGGAUUUGCACGUUGAAGCGGCUGUUUAGAAGCUUGGGUGGAUCUGUGAUUUAGUUUCUUUGUGAUUGGAGUUUAAACUUCCCUCCUUUUUCUUUGUGCCGGAGGAAGAGCGGUGCGCGCGGCGACAGCAGGCCGCAGGUUGAGACGCCCUGAGCGGGCAGAGUGUUUAAGGAGCCACCGCUGCACUUUUGUGGAAUAUAAGUGAUUUUACAGCACGACAAUGGAUCCAAACUCAGCAUCAGCAAGUGCUCUCAAAAGCGGGAAAGAAAAGGACAAGAAAAGCAAGAAGAACUAUGAUGAUGGAGACGGAAAGAAGAAGUUUAUGGAGAUGAGACUGGAAUCAUGGAUGGUUUGUUGGAGGCUCUUCAGUCUGGAGCUGCAUUCAGGAGGAAGAGAGGACCACGACCAGCAGCUAAUAAUCGGAGAGGAGCCGGUCACGCCGUGACAAACCUUCUUGCCAAAGAGCUUCUUCAGGAGGACGCGCCACCGAGUGCCACGAAAAAGAGCCGUCAGGAUGCUACAGACGGAAAAGAGUCAACGGAGGACACGGGCUCGCUGGAGGAUCUCUUAGAUGCCGUACCGUUACGCUCCAAUUAAAGAGCAGCUCUGCCAGGGAAGAGACUGAUUGUGUUCUGGGACCAAGUCUGCGAGGGCGGGGCUCUCGCUGAAACCACACCCCUCCAGGUAGACCACACGGCUUUCUAAUGGCCGUCACACUUGGGGGGUGUGGUCUCUGCUUGUCACUUAUCAAUUUCUAGCACUCUGUCACUCUAAACACAAUCUUCAUCUCCAUCAUCUGCAAGAUUUCCAAAGAUUUCCCAUGCUUUUGUUCCAUGUCCAAAUUAACAUGUGCAGUUUAUUUUUUCGUUGACUUAGAAACGGACACUGAAAUUGAUGAUUCUUUAGGUUUACUGCAGGUUUUUUUUUGUUUUUUUUUAAGGUGAGUGGUUGCAAACUUCCAAUAUGGGCUGGAUGUAGACAAACAAAUUAGGUUUAGAUCCAUUUAGUGUUGUCACGAUACUGGAAUUUGCUACCAGUCCAUACUGAAAUUUUAAAGAGGUCCAUUUCCCGCUUAACAUUUGAGCGCUGUUGAUUGGCCAUUGU